UUAAAAGUUACCUCAUUCUUCAGCUAUCAUUUUAGUUCCUGGCGGAGAGUUCUGACGUCAUAAAGCAAAAGGAAAGGACGUCAGAGAAGUGGGGAACCUCCAUAUCUAUAUAACCACGAACAGGGCAGAUUGCACACGUCUAAAUACUCGGAAAUGCAAAACUGGCAUGGUUUCUGAGUGGAGUUGAGAGACGUGUCCUCUUCAGCGAAGAUGGAGUACGGAGUGGAUGAUGAAUCCCACGUGGACUACGCUAUACUCAACAAACUUCGACUGGAUGGCAGGUUCUGUGAUGUGGUCAUCCGCGUGGAGGGCUUUACUAUGAAAGCCCACAAGAUUGUCCUGUGCGCUUGUAGUUCCUACUUCCGUGCCCUGUUCACAGGCAACUUCAACAACUCGCAAAAGAGGGUGUACAGCAUCCCCGGGGUGCUGCCGGAGAUGAUGAAGAUCAUCGUGGAGUACGCCUACACGCACUCUGUGGUGGUUACCAAGGACAACGUGGAGCGCCUGCUGCCGGCGGCGGACCAGCUGUGCGUCCUGGGCGUCGUGCAGGCCUGCGCGGACUUCCUGGAGGCCCAGCUGUGCACGCACAACUGCAUCGGCAUCUGGAGGUUCACCAACAUAUACUUCUGCCCCGAGCUUCGGCGCACGGCGUACCGCUUCAUCCUGCAGAACUUCGAGGAGGUCGGGCAGACCUCCCCGGAGUUCCUGGAGCUCACGCUGCCCGAGCUCUGCGACAUCGUCGAGAAGGACGACCUCACCGUCAAGCAGGAGGACAGAGUGUUCGACGCCGUCCUGCGCUGGACGGCGCACCUGCCCACCAAGCGCAAAUCCCACCUCCCUCGGUUGCUCCCGAAGGUCCGGAUGGCCCUGAUGAACGCGGACUACUUCAUGAACAACAUGAAGACCAACGCGUUGGUGAAGGACAAUGAGGAGUGCAAGCCCAUCAUCAUAAACACCCUGAGGGCAAUGUGCAGCCUUCGAAAGACAAACUUUGUGGGCACCAGCUGCUAUAGCAACCUGUGCCGCCCGCGCCUGCCCUACGCGGUCCUGCUGGCCAUCGGGGGCUGGAGCGGGAACAGGCCCACCAGCGUGGUGGAGUCCUACGACACGCAGGCCAACUGCUGGGUGACGGUGGCGCAGACGGAGAGCCCCCGGGCCUACCACGGCACCGUCUACCUGGACGGCUUCGUCUACUGCGUGGGCGGCUACGACGCCGUGGAGUUCUUCAGCGCCGUGUGCAAGUUCGACCCCGUGGCGCGCGGCUGGCACAAGGUGGCGCCCAUGCACUCGCGCCGCUGCUACGUGAGCGUGACCGUCCUGCGCGGCUGCAUCUAUGCCAUGGGCGGCUUCGACGGCUACACCCGCCUCAGCUCCGCCGAGCGCUACGAACCCGCCACCAACCAGUGGAGCCUGAUCCCGCCCAUGAACGAGCAGAGGAGCGACGCCAGCGCCGCCACGCUGGACGGGAAGGUGUACAUCUGUGGGGGCUUCAACGGGGAGAACUGCCUGUGCACGGCGGAGUACUACAGUCCCCACACCAACCAGUGGACCCUGAUCACCCCGAUGAAGAGUCGGCACAGCGGGCUGGGCGUGGUGGCGUACAAGGAGGAGAUUUACGUGGUGGGCGGUUUCGACGGGGUCAGCCGGCUCCGGAGCGUGGAGGCCUACGACCCGCUGGCCGACAGCUGGCGCCAGAUGCCUGACAUGAUCAUCGCCCGCAGCAACUUCGGCAUCGAGGUGAUGGACGACCGGCUCUUCGUGGUGGGCGGCUUCAAUGGCUUCAGCACCACCUUCUACGCCGAGUACUUCGACCAGAAGACCAACGAGUGGGGCAGCAUCCAGGACAUGGGGGUCUUCCGGAGCGCGCUCAGCUGCUGCACCGUCGCCGACCUGGCCAACGUCGCCGAGUACGCCGCCCCCCGCAGCCCGGGGAGCCCCACCGCCGAGCUCUCCACCAUCAAAGAGCUCACUCUGUGAGCUCCCCGAACCUCACCGACUGGACCCGUGGCUCAGCCCCCCGAACCUCACCG